AUUUGAGUUUUGACGAUUUUUAUUUUUUACUGUAUAGUUCAUUUUUAUUUUUGUUCAGAACUUCAGAAUUUCAGAUUUCUGUAUCAAAAUUCAAAUCAAACCUUAGUUUACAUGUUAUGAAUACGACCAAAAAACAAUAGCAAUUAACAAAUCAAAUAUAUCAAUAUUAUUUGACGUCCGUAAUCAAUAGUUUACUGUUUGUGUUUAGCAAACAUAACCAUUUCCCGUCAUUUCCCGUUUGAUUUCCGUGCCUGCACGUCGUGUUAUAAGAAAAAAUGAGUCAAGCUCGCCUCGCAUCGUGUAUCCCUUUGCCACUGGAGCACAGAACAUUGGUGUCUGUUGUAGAAAAGGCCAAGGACUGGGCUCUGAUGCACGGUGUUGGUAUGAGAGAUAGAAAACACUUCACCAAAGAUGCCAUACAGAUUGCUCCAUUUGUUUUGCUCCCCUCUCCGUUCCCAAAGACGGAGUUCACCAAAGCUAUAGAACUACAGCCCAUACUAAAUGAACUGAUGCACAAGGUGGCACAUGAUGACGAAUUUUUGACAAACACUCUACAGAAUGCACUACAAGUUGACGAGUUCACAGCAAAUCUAUUUGACAUAUGGGUCAAAGUAAGAGACGAAGGAAUGGCUCAGCCGAUCUCGCUAGGUAUGCUGAGAUCGGACAUCAUGCUGGAAUCGAGGUGCCCUCAUACGGAGAACCAGUGUGCAAAGCACACGCCGUAUUGCUCGUGGAAACAAGUGGAGAUCAACAGUAUAGCCUCGGGAUUCGGCCACCUUGGGCCAACUCUUAGCCUUGGACUGUUCCGAUCAGACUACCUGAUGCAAAAUCCUGACAGCAAUAGUAUAAAACAAGUGGAGUUCAACACAGUGGCGUCCAGUUUCGGCGCUCUCUCUUCGUACCUGCGAGACAUGACUCGUUACAUCCUUCGACAAUUAGGUCAAGCUGAACUGCUGAAAAAUAUGCCCGAGAACCGGGCACUGUCCGGGCUGUGCUCGGGUAUCACCGAGGCGUACGACCUGUUCGGCGUGCCGGGCUCUGUCGUGCUGUUCGUGGUGGAGGAGGUCUCCUACAACAUCUGCGACCAGAGGUUCCACGAGUUCGAGAUAUCGGAGAAGCGGCCUGACAUUAUGAUCUACCGUAGAACAUUAACCGAAAUCUACGAAGAAGCCACACUUAACGAUAAAAAGCAGUUGAUAUUAGACGGUCACACGGUGGCGGUGGUGUACUACCGGUCAGGCUACGAGCCCGCGCAGUACCCGACUGCCAAGGAGUGGGACGCGCGCCUGCGCGUCGAGAGAUCCACAUCAAUAAAAUGCCCGUCGAUUCACUACCAAUUGGCUGGAACCAAAAAGGUGCAGCAAGCGUUGGCGGCGCCCGGCGUGCUGGAGAAGUUCAUGGGCGCGGGCGCCGCCACCGGCCGCGUGCGGGACAUCUUCACCGGCCUCUACUCGCUGGACUUUGACGAGAGCGGGGAGAGAGCUGUGGACAUGGCCUUGGCUGAUGCGGAGAGGUUCGUGCUGAAGCCGCAGCGCGAGGGCGGCGGCAACAACCUGUACGGGGCGGACGUGCGCGAGGCGCUGCUGCGCAUGCGCCACAGCCGCGAGCGCGCCGCCUACAUACUCAUGGAGAGGAUAUUACCGCCUCUGGUGUCCGGCUACGUGGUCCGUCCCGGGGCAGCGGUGCCGCCUCCGCUGACGGACCUGGUGUCCGAAUUAGGGAUCUUUGGAGUUAUCAUUGGAACGAAGGACAAGAUCUACUGCAACCGGCAAGCGGGUCACAUGUUACGCACGAAGCUCGCCGACGCGAAUGAGGGAGGUGUGGCCGCCGGGCUGGGCGCGCUGGACUCGCCCUUCCUGCUCGACAUGUAGCCCGGGCCUAAGAUAACACUAAAUAACGUCUAAAUAAGGCCAAGACCACAUCAACGCGUCUACAGUGUCGUGCACGGUUGUGAUAAGAUGUAGUGUACAGAUAGUGGCGUGCAUAAGGAUGUAAACUAGGGUAGGCACUAUUAUGUAUAGUGCCUAGUCAAAUACCAAAUUGUACAAAACAUAAAAUUCCUCCCCCCAAUAAAAGUUUGUAAUGAAUCCUUGGGGUAGGCAGUGCGUUUUUGCAUCUACGGAGUGCACGCCAAUGCAAAGUUUGUGACGUUUUAGAACAAAGUGUGCUUAACAUAAAAAUUUUAGGUAUCAGCGGGAACGUAGCGACGCAGCGGCUGGAUGACACCCCACACGACAUCGCAUAACACUUCCUGAUUUUAGCGUACAUUGUGUACGACCUGCGUGUAGCAUCCGCAGCUAAUUUCCAAGACGUCAUAAAGUUUGCAUACAUACUCUGAAUACAUACAUUACAUCUGAUUGGCACCAUAGACUUGUUGGUUUGGCCUUAGCUUAAAGGAGAUGGUCCAUUUCAAGGUAGGGUAAUGUUUUUCAGUGUAAGAUUUAAAACAUAAGCCAAUGCACUGUUUUUUUAUUGUAUUUUUGCGAUCACCUUAGUGGUUACUAGUGGUGGCAGUUUGAUACUGUGACAAUCGCGUUAACGUAAACGCGAAUUUCUAAGGAAUUGAAACAGCGCCAUCUAGUGACACUACUGCACGACUGUUUCAAUUCCAUGUGAAUUCUUGUUUACGUUAACGCGAUAGUAACGGUAUAUAACAUUGAAAUCUCCCACUAGGCACACAAGUUGCAAAAUCCGUUCUUAGCAGAUGUCUACUAACUAAUUGUACAACAAAAAUUACAUUACCUUUAAAAAUAAUGUAAAAAUGAAAAUAAUAUGAUGAAAAACGAUAUACUUAAUAAUACUAAUAAUAACUUAAUGGCUUGUGUUUUGAUUAAUACAUACAUACAUACAUUGAGAUACAUUGCCUUAUGAUUUGAGAUACAUAAUCGAUUGGCUGUUAAAAUUGUUUAAAAAACACAGGGAUUGUAUUCAAAAUGAAUUAAGUGAAUUAUGUAAUAUAUUUGAAUAAUCAAAAAUAGUUCUGUAUUUUGUAUAAAACCAGGCUUCAUACAAAUUUGACCUUUCCCAGCGUGACAAUUAUACCUCCGCAGGUCGCCAUGUCGCAAGUUCAAAAUGGACUAGUUGUUUGGCGCGUAUUAUAUAGAAUGAUAGCCUGUGAUAUCUAAAACCUUUCUCAUUUUAUAAAAGCUGAAAUCAACCCAUGCUGUCAUAGGCAAAUACAAUAGGGUAGUUGACUAAUAUCAAAUUUAAUUUUUAGACAAUACGAAUUUUAAUACAUGGAAUAAGGAUCAGAAAUAUAUUAAUUAUCAAUUAAUCAAUUAAUAAAAGUUAAGGACUUAAUUUAAAAAUUACGUAUUUUUUUUUUCAUUUUUAUGUAUUGUGUCUAUCAGUCGAUUUAGUAGAACAAAAAAGAAGAAAGAAUUUAGAAACAAAGUGUCAACUAGCCUAUUGUCCAAAAAUAAAACUUAUUUUUUUUUUUACAUUUUCUUUCACGAGGAGUUUCUCCAUUCGUCAGAUCCUUAACUUUGUGGCAACUUAUCUUUGUUUUAAAUAGCUUUUAUAUGUAGAUAUAUUUAUUGUCUUUGGUUAUUUAUCUAGAUGUGUUUAAGUGGUGGAAAUAUUAAUCUUAUCCUAUUGCAGUUCCCAUUUGCAAAACCAUUUGCUUGACAAAAGCAACUAUGUAUUUGUUUUUUUAUUUAUAGCUAAUGUAAAUAUCUAUAAAUAUUUAUUUAUAAUUUUUGCCCAAGUUAUAUUUGAUUGAACACACGAGGGUUGAACACAAGAGGCAUUGGGUAAGGAAAUUAAAGUAUUCCUAGGCUUAAAUAAUUUUAGAUAAUUUUCUUUAAAUGUUGUUUCAAUAUUUCUUUUAUAUUCCUUCUUUGUAUUUAUAUGGCAUUUGUUACUUGUCAAUCGUACUUACUCAUUUAUUUUUACUAUUAACACAAUAAUUGACUAUCACAAUUUUAACCAAAUUAUAUGUACUAUUCAAUAUGCAUAUAUAUUAUACAUAUUUGUAAUAAUUAAUAAAUUGAUUUUAAAAUGUUUUAUUGGUGCAAAUUAUAGUGUAUGAUAUUUUUCAUUAGAAUAUUACAGAUAUAAAAUUUUAAAUAAUAUAGGUGUACAUAGAAAUACUGAAUGAAUUUAUUUUUAAUUUAUAGUUCAAUCAUACUUGUAUAUGACAUGAUUUAUUUUGUUUUAAUGUAUUUUGCAUUCCAUAUUAUUUGCUUUUAUGAUAUAUUAUUAUAUUAUGAAAUAAUGUAUUUAGUUAUGAAUAUUAUUCCAAUAUUCGGUAUACUUAAAAUAAGAAAAGAAAUAAAAAAGGCUGUACCUUGUGUGACCUAAUAGUCUAAUGUGAUAUAAUACAAAUAAUGUGUGUGAAUUAUUGUACACAUAGCCAUAACCAUUUUUAUAUACUGAUAUAAUAUGAACUAUUCAACUAAUGAAUACAACAAUACAACAUUGAUGAGUUCCUUAAUGAUAAAGAUACUUGGAGGCCGUUGGAUCAGCUUCCACCUUCACACAGAAAGUAAAACUAUAAGAAAUGUAAACAGUAAUUGUUAUCAAUUGUAAAUUAUAAUACUGUAUGACUUUUUCAAAAGAGCAACUGUUGAGUUUCUUGCCGGUAUCUUCUCAGCAGAACCUGCCUUCCGAACCGGUGGUAGAAUCUUUACAAAUAGUCAACUGACGUGUCAAAAGUGCUUGUAAACUGAGCCUACUUGAAAUAAAUGAUUUUUGAUUUGAUUUGAUUGAUAAUAUUUGUUGAAUAGUUCAUAAAUAGUCCGCUUUUCUAUUACAGUGUUAAAAAUUAUAUCUUAUUCAAUUUGGAAAUUUCGGGUAGCAAUAAUUAGUUAAACAUAUAUUUCUAGUAAUAUAAAUUAAUAUUAUAGUCAUUACUGUUAUUUUUGUAAAGUUUUUAAACAUACCAAAUAUGCAAUAAAAUAUUGCCUACAGAAAA